GCUGACAUUUUGGUGAACACAAUUGAUAGAAUGGGUGAUUUUGAUAAGGGAGCCAUAUCAAAGUCUCUUUUGAAGAAAGCAGGAAAUGAAGGACACAAACUUCAAGCUGAAAUUAGAAAAUUCAAAUGUCCCUUAGAUUCACUGAAAGUAUACAAAACAGGGGCGUACCUUCAAGGCUGCAAAUUUAUAUUCCAUGGUCUUUUAGAGUAUUAUGUAGCAAAUGGCACAAGUCAAAAGAAGCUGAAAAAAUUUGUGCUUGAUUGCUUGAAAGAAGCUGAAAGUUGUAAUUGUACCACAAUAGCAUUCCCUGCUCUGGGAGCAGGCAAAUUAGAUUACCCACUUUAUGAAGUCAAAGCAGCUAUGUUUGAUGCUGUUGAAGAGUUUAACAUGUCAUGCUCAGGUGGAACAAGUCUUCAAGAUGUUAAAUUUGUCCUUUUUGAAUAUGAAGCAUUUCAGGAUUUCAAAGCAGAGCAAAAUAAAAGGG